UCAGAAAAAAAAAAAGUUUUUUCUUUUCUUUUUACGAAAAUUAGCUCUAGGCUGUACUAAUUUGUUGAAUUUGUGAACUUCAAUACUGUUUUAGCUAAAAUUUAUUUGUAUUUUAUUGUGUGUAUGCUGCCUGGCAAUUGCAUGAAGUUGUUGAUGAUGGUGAUGGCGGCUACCGCCGCAAUUGCUAUUGUUGCUGCGGAAGAAGACGGCAGAAUUGGGGCAAGUUUUCCGGCGGGAGUGCUGCGUUUAGAAAGAGUGUUUCCGGUGAAUCACAGUGUUGAGUUAGAGGAACUCAUAGCUAGAGACCGAGCUAGGCAUGCUCGAAUGUUGCAGAAUUUCGCUGGUGGAAUCGGCAAUUUUCCAGUUAUCGGUUCCUCCGACCCCUUCCUAGUCGGCUUUUAUUAUACUAAAGUCAAACUGGGAUCUCCACCAAGAGAAUACAAUGUGCAGAUUGAUACGGGAAGUGAUAUCUUGUGGGUUACAUGUGGUUCCUGCAACAAUUGUCCUCAAACAAGUGGACUUGGGGUUGAGCUCAACUUCUAUGACACUGCGAGCUCAUCAACUGCAUCUCUUAUCUCUUGUUCAGACCGAAGGUGUGCUUCGGAUGAGUGCUCUAGCGAAACCAAUCAGUGUGCUUACACCUUCCAUUACGGAGAUAACAGUGGCACAACCGGUUAUUACGUGUCGGAUUUGAUAUAUUUUGACACGGUCCUGGGGACCUCACUGACUGCCAACUCUUCAUCGCCAAUUGUUUUUGGGUGCAGUACCUCUCAGUCUGGGGGCCUGACCAAGAUGGAUAGAGCAAUUGAUGGAAUUUUUGGGCUUGGUCAACAAGGUCUUUCAGUAAUAUCUCAACUCUCUUCAAAUGGAAUAUCUCCAAAAGUGUUUUCACAUUGUUUGAAAGGAGAUGGCAAUGGUGGAGGUAUACUAGUUCUUGGUGAGAUUUUGAAUCCGAGCAUCGUUUAUAGUCCCCUUGUUCCGUCAAAGGUUCACUACACUGUAUAUCUGCAGAGCAUUGCUGUUAAUGGGCAAAUUUUACCUGUUGAUCCAGGAGUUUUUGUGUCCUCUACUGAUCGAGGAACUAUUGUUGAUUCUGGUACUACUUUAGUUUAUCUUGCGUCAGAAGCUUAUGAACCCUUUAUCAGUGCUAUAACUGCAAUUGUUUCACCUUCAGCCAGGCCAAUCAUAUCAGGGAAAAGGCCGUGCUAUCUAGUUUCUUCAAGCAUUGAGGAUAUUUUUCCUCCAGUUUCUCUAAACUUUGCUGGUGAUGCAUCCAUGAAUUUAAGACCAGCAGACUACCUUGCUCAUAUGGGCCUUUUGGAAGGUGCUGCUAUGUGGUGUGUUAUCUUUGAAGAAAAUGAUCUAGGAUUAACAAUCUUAGGAGAUCUUGUUCUUAAAGAUAAGAUCAUUGUAUAUGACUUGGCCCGACAAAGAAUUGGAUGGGCAGAAUAUGAUUGUUCAUCACCUGUGAAUGUGUCUAUAACCUCGGGCAAGGAUGAAUUCAUGAAUGCUGGACAAUAUGUUAGCAGUUCACCAAGAAGUGUUCCCUUCAAUCUGCCACUAGCUAGAACUAAUGCUCUUCUUCUACUUUUUUGGGAGCUGAUGAUUGGUUCCUACUUGUGUAGCUUGACUUCAAUGCUUCUCGUCAUUUUCCUUGAUAUUUGAUAUACUCUGCUAAUUAUAAUAUCAAUAGAUCGCAGUUGGAAGGAUUAUGAGGAUUAUGUUGGAAGCAAGGCAAUUCUUUUUUCAGCUCUUGCUUCUUAUGAUCAAGUUGUAGAGGUAAAAUGUCAGAAGGCAUUGGGUUCUUACAGAACAAAAGUUUGUGUAUAACAU